AUGCCUCGAACAUAACCUAAAAUUCCUUUCGUAGUAUUUAAGGUUUUCAAACUGUUUUUUAAUAUAUAUUUAUAUUUUUAAAUAAUGGAUCAACAGCAUUAUAAUGAUAUAGUGUCUAUUAUAAGAAAAUAUCGCGGUCUAACGCAGGAUUGUAUGAAACUCUUAAUACAGAAAUUUCCACAGGACAGUUAUGAUACUUUAUAUAGCAUUUUGUCAUUGGAAUAUCAAAAACGGAUGAAGUGCAGUCAUGUUAAAAAUCAAAUGAAUAAAAACAAAUAUUGGGAUUUGUACAAACGGGGUGUAGAGGAUGACAAUAACCCUGGAAUAAUAAUUCGAAUGGCAGCUCAAUUUGACAUAGCUCCUUGUCUAGUAGCAAAGUGCAUCCUUAAUAAAUAUUUCGAAACAUUAGAAACUUCAGGGGAUAAAGAUCAAUCCUCUGUAAAUAUUAAUAUUUAUUUAAGAGAUACUUGUUUAAUACAGAAUAUGGACUUAGCCUAUGAAAUAUUUUUAUGCACUCUCUAUGAUAAUAUCUACAGUCCACUGACGGAGACUAUGAAGGCAUCUUUAGGUCAGCAAUAUGAAGUAAAAUUAUACAAGGAGGCAGUGGCUCUUGGGCUGGCAUUUAGAGAUGAAGAGCAUUUAAGAAAAAAUGGCUAUGACAAAACGCCUGAUUGUAAACUAGAAGUGCCUGUAGCGAUGGACGGAUUUGUGAUAAAUUGGAUAGAAAGCAAGGCACUCUUCGGAGAUGAAGAUGCUCAUAAGGAUUAUAUGAAGAAUCAGUAUUUAAGUUAUUGGAACAGGUUUGGACCAGGUUUAGUCAUUUAUUGGUUUGGAUACUUGGAAAAAAUUGUUGAACCUAGUGAUAAGCGAUUUAUUAUCAGAGACCACUUGCCCACAAAUAUUAUACAUAUUUCAUCUUCUACAUUUAGUAAGAACCUCAAAAACAGGAUAUAACAUUAAUUUUUUCUUGGAAAAGUAAAAUACAGUUUGUGCUCUGUAAGAAAAUAAUGCAAAUAAUUUGAUAGGUUUUAGGGAAUUACCCUGCAAGUCAAAGUUUGCAUUGUAUUAUUAAUUCAACCAAUAUCAUAUGACAUUCAUCAUUCUCCACAUUCCAAGAAUUUUGUUUUCUUGCAGUAGAUAUAUCCCUGAUUUUUUAUGUAUAAUAUAAUUCUCUACUACCUAUAACAAGAAAGAAUAUUUUAAUAAAUAUUUGAAUUUUUGUUUUUAAUG